AAUCAUUUAAACCUCAUUUCUCUUCUUCUUCACACUCCCAAAAUCCAGUCAUCUCCGCCGCCGUCAUACCAUCACCGGAAACUCUCAAAUAGGCUUCUUCUCAGCUUGCGAUGGACGUCGACAAGAAGGACUCGAUAGCUUCCGAUUCAUCGGAUCAAGUGGUGAAUCCAUGGGAAGUCUCCGCCAAAGACGGCGGCAAAAUCGACUACGACAAGCUCAUAGACCAAUUCGGCUGCCAGAGACUCGACGCUUCGCUCAUCGAUCGCGUUCAGAGGCUCACUUCUCGUCAGCCCCACGUCUUCCUCCGCCGCGGCGUCUUCUUCGCACACAGGGACUUCAAUGAGGUGUUGGAUGCGUACGAGAGAGGGGACAAGUUCUAUCUCUACACUGGAAGAGGACCUUCUUCGGAAGCUUUGCAUUUAGGGCAUUUGAUUCCUUUCAUGUUUACCAAAUACUUGCAAGAGGCUUUCAAGGUUCCUCUCGUUGUACAGCUAACGGAUGAUGAGAAAUGCAUGUGGAAGAACUUGUCCGUUGAGGAAAGUCAGAGACUUGCUAGAGAAAAUGCUAAAGAUAUCAUUGCUUGUGGGUUUGAUGUCACAAAGACUUUCAUUUUCUCAGACUUUGACUAUGUUGGCGGUGCUUUCUAUAAGAACAUGGUGAAGGUUGCAAAGUGUGUAACACUUAAUAAGGCUAUGGGAAUCUUUGGCUUUUCUGGCGAAGAUCAUAUUGGAAAACUCAGUUUCCCCCCUGUGCAGGCAGUUCCAUCAUUUCCUAGCUCAUUCCUACACUUGUUCCCUGGCAAUGACAAGCUCCGCUGCUUGAUUCCAUGUGCAAUUGACCAGGAUCCUUAUUUUAGGAUGACUCGCGAUGUUGCACCUCGGUUAG